AUGUAUCCGUAUUUUAAGUAUUCUUGUUUGUAUGAUAGGAUUCUAUAUAAAGAAACAAUCACUUCUAUAUUCGCUUAUAGACUCUGGAGACGAAUCAGAAAGUCACAGCAUCAUGUGAAAAAUAUCCUUAAGGAUAUUUCCUUGUUGAUUAUUCAUUUUCAAAAAAGAUAUUAUCCCUUACUAUGGGAGAUUCCCAUUGCUUUACAUGAAACUCGAUUGAAGCAGGAGACAAAUGCUCACAAUGGAAGAUAUAGGCCAUCAUUGCUUGUACAAUCCCCUGCAGGAGAAGAUUCUGAAAAGGAUCGUGCAUUGGAUUAUGACUCUGUUGUCAGAACUGGGCAGGGCGUUGAUCAAAAACAACGCGUAAGAACGAAACAAUGCAUCAGAGGAAAACGACGAAUCCUGAGGGACCAAGGCGUUUUAAGGCCACAACGCGAAAGAAAUGAUUAG